UUUCAACUGCUUUAAAAAGAUUUCCACUUCAUGAUAAAGAGCGACUUGAGAAAUGGUUGCGGAAUAUGAAACGAGAUUCAUGGACUCCAAGUAAGCACCAGCUUCUGUGCAGUGACCAUUUUACCCCUGACUCCCUUGAUGUGCGAUGGGGUAUCCGAUACUUGAAACACACUGCUGUACCAACAAUCUUCUCUUCCCCAGAUGAUGAGGAAAAAGAUUGUUCUCAGAAGAGUCCACAAGAAAUACAGAGACAAGACCUGGAAGAAAAAAAUGUAGUGUCAGAGAAAGCAUCUGUACCACUUGAACCUUGUGCACCAAAGGAAAAUCCUGUAAUUGCAGAAAACGUAGAGGAAGAAGCAGAAGUAGUUUGCUCAGCUGCAUUCAGUAAACCUUUACAUAUUCAAAACCUGCAACUUCAAAAUGAAGACAACUUUCAGGCAGAGAGUGUCGUUCUUGAUAGUUCAUCUACACAGCAUAUACAUCAACCUAAUCCUGUUUUAAGGGCAGCAGCAGUCCACAGCAUGGAAGCUACCAGUGUUCAUACUUCUGUGGAGGAUCCAGGAGGCUGUGCAGCUACAGUCUUGCAAUUUACAGAUCCUGACUACAUGAAUUCAUCUCUGAAACUAAACAGUGCUGUAGGGCCAAUUCCUGAUUAUGCAAUUGAAAAUCCUGUCCCUCACGUUGUCUGCUCUGGUGAAGUACAGCCAGCAAGUGAAGAUGCAGUUUUACUGAGUACAGUCACACAAAAUAUUGAACAGUUCAGUGGAAGUGAAGAAUCUGUCAUUGCUAUUAUUGUGCCAUCUGAGAGUCCAGAACAGCCUGAAAUAGUAAAUAGUUCUUUCCUGGCUGUUAAGGAAGAGUUUCUUGACACUGAGGAGACAGAUAUGAUUGAAUAUGGUGGAAGUGAAAUAUUACAAACUGAGCAUUCAUACUGCAAACAAGACGUAGACAGAGAUCACCUUUGGCAAAAAAUUUCAAAACUCCACUCUAAGAUAACUUUACUUGAAAUGCAGGAGGUAAAAACUUUGGGGAGACUCAGGUCCUUGGAAGCUCUUAUUGGACAAUUGAAGCAAGAAAACCAGCUUUCUGAAGAGAAACUGAAGACAGUAGAAAACUGCUUUACAACCCUUGAAGUAACUAUAAUACAGUAAAGGCUUUCACUGAUGGUUCUAAAAUAUCUUUUUAGUCUCUUUGACAGUCCUUUUGGACAAAUUAACUUUUGUUUCCGUCAUAGUGUUUUAAACAUCUGAUGCAAAUUAUGUGACGAGCAAAUAUUCUUUAAAAUGUUACAUCAGCCAAAGCUAGGUGGUAGACUAUUGCCUGUAAAACAUGACUUGCAAGUAAGCUUAAAAAUCCCCUCUCAAUUGGGUGACUUUUUCUAAAAAAGUGAGUGAAUUGAAUCAAUAAAGUCAAGUUAACCCUUUCUAGCUGCAGCCUCCUCCAAAACAUGCAGCUCCUGCAUUUGAGGCAGCAGUAGAACAGACAGAAUAAGCAUAUGAGAUGGACAAUUAUAAAAUCGUUGUUUUAAAAAAAAAAAGUGUCCCAAUUCUCUUUCAAAUGAGUAAAGAGAUAUGUAAUAUGCAUUUUUCAGUGAGACCAAAAUUGCUCUUUAGUCUUCUGUUCAUCUAACAUUUGUUCUGGUAGUUUUUUGUACACUUGGAUCUUACUAAAAUUGUUUCUGCAAUAAAAGGUGUUGCCUUUCAUUUGGUUCUCGAAAUAAAAAUUCUCUAAGAAUAUUGUUCACUCCCCUUUAUUGAUUUUAUUAACUAUUUUGAGUUAUGGGGUACCACUACAGUAGACAGAUACUACAGUUCAUUUUGAGGGAAAUUAAUUUGCUUAAAUACUUGCUGCUUACUCUUGUCUGUUUGCCACCCCUUGGAUCUAGAGUUUGCUGUACACAGAACCAGCACUAGAUCAUCCAUUCCAACUGUACAUUGUGGCUGGACUGGAUGAUCAUUGUAGGUCCCUUCCAGCUGAACUAUUCUGGGAUAUUCUAUUCUACAGUGAUUAGACUACUUGAGGAACUCGGUUGUGAUUUCCUUUACUCCAGAAUCGUGUCAUCCCCACCACUACAAGUUCAGUCCAGGACUGGAGCAAACGGGUUCCUUUGCAGUCUGUUAUUCGUAUUCUCUUUCAGACACAUUCUAAACUGUCCUGGUAAUUUUUUCAUAUGGAAUUGAGGAUCAAGCAACACUAAACAAAGCUGGCCUCCAACUAGAUAGGUUGCAAACUAGUCACAUUUCAGAGAAUUUUUGAGACUUAGAGUAUCUGUGCAGAAGUUGGGCUGCUAAAGCACAGAGCUGUAGGAAGUUAGUCGGUAUCAGUAACCAGUUAAGCUAAGUAACCAGUUAGGCUUGUUUUGUUUUUCAACUAGUUAUCUUCUUGUAGGCUUUAUGCACAGGAUAUGCUUGGUAAUAUUGCUAAAGGACAUAAUGGUCACUUAUAAUAUGAUGAAUUAUUUACUGGGAGUCUAUGACCCACUGAUUUUGUUCCCUCUUAUUAUCUCAUUUUAUUCCGUCUUAUUACUCCGUAUAACAAGAGAACACUCCUGUUCUGCCUUGUGUGCUCUGAAAUCGCAAGGGAUGUCCUGUAUCCUCUAGAAACAUUGCUGUUAUAUAGAAUCCAAUCUUGUGAACAUUUUUCAGGUGGCUUCUCUGAACUGCACAUUUUGUAAUUUUUGCUAAGUAAGAGAUCUUUCAAAGUGAUUUACAAAAUGCUGUAUGAAAUUGCUAAACGAUUUUAGAGGUUUCAUUAAUGUCACUACAAAUCCUCUGCUAACCCUGUAUAUUUGAAGGCUGAUCAUGCGCUUCAGAAGUACACUGUAGGUUUUGGAUGGCAAUGAGAGCUUGGACAUGGCAAAAGAGUUGCUAUACUUCAAGCUAUUAUCUCAGCAAAGCUCUAUUCCCAAAGAAAAUGUGGGAGUUUUAACACAGUAUUUGCAUUGCUGAUAUGUUUUUGCUUUUAGUAAUAGCUUCCAGUAUUAAAAUUGAGAACAUUAUUUUUCACAUAGAUUUCUUUAAACCUGAGGAAAAAACCCACAAAUGUUCAAUUUUCCUUUUUUUUUAACAGAGUUUCUUGGGACUAUAUUAGAACAACUCAGUAACUCUACAAGUCUGUCACCAAGUCUACAAAUUUCCCUUCUAUAGUGUGUUUUGGGCCAAUGGGCCCAAGGUAGACGUAUUACUUUAAAAAUAUUUACAUUAUAGGUGGCUAUUGUUGCUUACAGGAAGAUACAGCUGGUUCAUUUGCUUCAGUAAUAAGCUGACACUGAAUUACUCAGGCUAAUUAUUACACAGAAGGAAAAGUAGCAUGUUGGAAAUGGCCACACCCCACUGAAUUAGAUGCUACAUGUACAUUUUGUUUUCAGUGUUUCCUAAUCAUAAACUGUACAGCCUUUGCACACAAUUUUAUUUCACCAAACCUGAUGGGCACUUGAAGGUGCUGUAUUACUCCUUAAGAUCCAGUGGAAACUCCUUUUGUACAGUCACAACCCAGCAUCAAAGCAGUGCACUGAAUCAUCAUUCCUUCUAUAAUGUAUUGGGCUUAUCUUGAUCCAAGUCAAAUGUCCUCACGUUUUCAAUAAUUUUUCAUUUGCAUCACCUUUUUUUAAGCUUCUGACUUUCAAUUUCCACUAAUGCAAUUAACUGUUCUAAUACUUUAUAGAUUUAACAGAUGGCAUCUAUUUUAUUAAUUCACCCCUUUAACUGUUCAGUUGUAUUUCUUUACCACUGUCCACUGGCUACUGUAGGAAUUCGGCAUUUGCUUUCUCUUAUACCUUCAUUUCAAUUCCACCAGUUUUGUUAAACUUGCCUACAAUCAGUGUGGUUCCAUCUGGAAUAAAUUGGUGCCCAUUUCCCCUGAUUUUCCAUCUUCUUUA